UGGAAGCUAACGCGCCUGAGUAGGCACGGAGUGACAAGAACGUCUUUUCGCAACCAAGAAUGUCUGUUUAACCGCUUUUUGCGUUAAGUAUGUAAGUCCAGGUUGUGUUGAUGUGCAUGUGGAUUGAAUUUAUUCAAAGCUCAUCCGCUCAAGAAUGGGAAAACUUUUUGUGCGUUCAUUGCAGAGUAAUACUCUGCUAAAGUGCCGAUGCUGCGGUGUGCAUGUGGCUAACCCUGAGCAUGUUAUCUCCAAAGAUUUUCAUGUACUACAAUAAAUGAAAUCUUGAUAGAAGUUCAUUCUGGCAUGGGCAUUUUGCAGACAAGCUUUAGCGUUAGAUGGAAGCCAAAAUAGUCAAGUAUUCGGCGUGAAACUACUUGUACAAAAACACCUACUACUUAGUUAUUCUUGCUCAAAACAAUCAUCAGGGUACCUUGGGUCCGGCGUACCUCAUCGCUUCAGUUAUCAAUUACACUAGCGGACCGGAUGAAGAGCGGCUACUUAUGUAUGAUAUGAUUGUCCUCCUGUGAGUUUUCAUCCUUUCUUCUUCCGGACCAGUCUGGUCAACAUCUACUUGAAGAUGUAGAAAGCAGGUAUUUUCUCUUUCCUGUUUUUGAUUUGGCUUCUCUGCUUCUACGCUUAUUUCCUCCGUCUCGUCUCUGCUAGACUUCAUGCUUUCACCGGGAAGCACAUCGUUUGCGAUGUGUCCUGCGUUCGGUGCCAGUGCGUGUUGGGCUGGCGGUAUCAAGCAGCACACGAACAAGCGCAGAAAUACAAGGAAGGGAAGUUUAUCCUCGAGUCGGCGCGAGUGGUGCAAGUCGACACCAGUGUGAGUGGUGGUAGUAAGGGUGCGGCUAUUAAGGCUUAGCACAGUAAUUCAUUUUAGGAGGCAUCUACAUCUUUGACUCCUUUUCUAAGGGGAAAACGAAAAGGCGCCAAAGAUGCCUCUGGAGAUGAAUAUAAUGAGGUAGACCUAGGAAUAUAAAUAAGGUCUAAAGCGAGGUCUGGAGGAGCGCGGCGUGGAGUAUCAGGAACGGCCGGCGGACUUCUUUUUGCCGAUCACAGGCCAGGUGCCGACGGCUCUUCAGGAGAGCCACAAGAAUCUUCUCGUAGUACAGAAAGAACUCCUGCUGGAGCAGGAAGUAGAGAGCACGAAGCAGGAGGACGCAGCAGCAACGUGCGGUCUCGAGGAGCAGAAGGGCCGCCUCCUUCGGACGCUCGUCGGGGGCCGCCGGUAUGGGGUAAUCGGUUAGAACCGACCACACACGACUAUUUCAGUGGCUCGAGAUCUUCCAGUCGGAGGGCACAGGAUGCCAGUAACGCCACUUCAGCGUGGGGAUCAUCCUCUCGUUACAGCAGUACGAGGCCUGGCGGUAGGAAUUACGAGGCUGACGAGGAAGACUCGUAUCACUACAAUCCUGGCAUAAUGUUAAGAAUGAGAAUCGUCCCUAAAAAUGCAGUUCAUUCUUUCGUAAGGUCGAGUACAAUAUAGGUGAACUAGUCGUGACCCGAGUAUUAAGAAGAGAAGAAGAAUACAGUAGAGUGGACGAGAGAGAGAAGACAACUGCUGGGGAAGGCAAGACACACCUAUAUGCCUGGAAUCUCCCCACGAGAGGCCUCUGCUCCGGUUUUUCUACCCCCGUGUAAUGAAUAUUAACGCGUCGCAGAAUGUCCUGACUGCAAACGACCACGGGGUGGGAGUUCUGGGCGUGCCGCUGCGGAGCGGCUGUUCCCGCCGCGUCACCGGCUCGGGCUUGCGCAGACGGAAGGGCCGCGGACUUGCGGCGCCACGGUUUGAGGCCUUUAGAUUCACAAAUCGGGCACCGCGUGCGCGAUUCCAGGCGCUAACGGCCGGCGCGGGCUGUGGGCCGCUUUCGGUUCGUCUGGGUGGCGGUGCAGUCUUUCAGCAGCGCACAGGCGCGCCGGCUUCCUGUCUCUUCGCCCCUUCACAUGGCAACGCAGCCCGGGGAAACCCUGAGAACAGCGCGGCUCCCCUUAAGACCCUGAGAAAGCCAGGGCGUGGCCGUGCCACAGUAUGGCCGUUGCGGAAUGUAGACGCCUAGGGCUUAGCCGUGGCGUACCCUCAAGCUGUGGCCCGUGGAGUAUACUCGCGCCACCCUUUGGGCCUUCCUGUACCUAGCCGAUUCGCCUGAGAUUUUGUGCAAUUUCUCCGCUGUUGCGCCGACGUGGUUAAAUAUUUCACGCUACCGACCUUCUCUGCCUUUUGGGGCGCUCCCUUGCCGCUUUGUGAGUGGACUGCGCAACGAACCCUGAGAGGGGAAAACCUUGAGGCAUGACGCGCAACCUUGACCGUUAGCCGUGAGAUGCGAGGCAUCUGCGUCCGCUUUUUUUGGGCGCCCACGAAUUGCGGACAAUUUGGAGCCUCCGCGUGUGCUAACUCGUGGGAACCCACGAACCCCGGGCAAUUGAUACGCCCAGCGCGUCGCUUUGAGAGUGAUGAGGUCCACCCGUUAGCCGGGAGAUGCGAGGCAUCUUCUGCGUCCGCUUUUCGUGGGAACCCGUGAAAAGCGGACCGCGCUGCGCGUUAUGCUUGUGGUCCUAACGGGCAUGAGGAUGCUCAUGCUACCCGCGGGCCGCGAGGUAUCUGCUGCUGCUGCUGGUGUUGUCUCUAGUGAAGGGAGUGGCUUGGACCGGCGUCCGCUUUUCGUGGGAACCCAUGAGGAAAUGGCUGCUGGUCGUGUUGUUCGUUAUGCUCGUGGCCGUCGGGUCGUGGGGAAGACGUUCCCCACGGGGCGCGUCGUGUCUCUAUGUCUAAGUCUAUGCCUAUCUGGCAUCUGCUGGCGCCGUCAGCUCUAGCGGAGGGGAGCGCUUGGCCGGGAGUCCGUUUCUCGUGGAAACCCACGAAAAGCGGACCGCGCUGCGCUUUAUGCUUGUGGUCGUCUUGAUGAAGAUGCUACCCGUGGCCGUGAGGUGUGAGGUAUCUGGUGGCGGCAUCGUCUCGGGCGAAGGGCAUGGCUUGGCCUGGCGUCUGUUUUUCGUGGGAACCCGUGAAAAGCGGACCGCGCUGCGCGUUAUGCUUGUGGCCGUCGUAAUGAAGAAGAAGACGCUACCCGAGAGGCGUGGGGUAUCUGCUGGCGGUGUCGUCUCUAGUGAAGGGAGUGGCUUGGACCGGCGUCCGCUUUUCGUGGGAACCCAUGAGGAAAGGGCUGGGGGUCGUGUUGUUCGUUGUGCUCGUGGUUGUCGUGGGGAAGACGUUUCCCAUUAGGUGCGAGGUGUCUCUAUCUGGCAUCCGCUGGCGCCGUCAGCUCUAGCGGAGGAGGGCGCUUGGCUGGGGGUCCGUUUUUCGUGGGAACCCACGAAAGCGGACCGCGUUGCGCUUUAUGCUUGUGGCUGUCUUGAUGAAGAUGUUACAAGUGAGGUGCGCGGUAUCUGCUGGGGGCAUCGUCUCGAGUGAAGGGCAUGGCUUGGCCCGGCGUCUGUUUUUCGUGGGAACCCGUGAAAAGCGGACCGCGUUGCGCUUUAUGCUUGUGGCCGUCUUAAUGAUGAAGAAGAUGCUACCCGCGAGGCGUGGGGUGUCUGCUGGUGGUGUCGUCUCUAGUGAAGGGAGUGGCUUGGACUGGCGUCUGCUUUUCGUGGGAACCCACGAGAAAAGGGCCGGGGGUCGUGGUCCAUAUGGCAAAGAUGGGGCGCGUUCUCGCGCGGUUUUUUUUUGUAUUCUCCUUGGUUUGUUUUUCGUGGGAGCCCACAAAUUGCGGACCCUUAUGGAAGUAAAUCCCGGGACUUUUUUGAUGUCGAGUUGGAAGGUUUUUUUUUCCAAAUUUUGCCAAAUUUUGCCAAAGCUUGGCCACAAUUUUGACAAAAUUUGACAAAAUUCCACGAACUCGAAAGCCCAACUUCGCCAAAUUUUGCUAGAAGAGCUUGGCCACAAUUUUGACAAAAUUUGGCAAAAUUUGACAAAAUUCCACGAACUCGAAAGCCCAGCAAACGUCUUGGAAGCUCGUCAAACUAGGGACCCCCGGCCAAGGGGUCCCCGGAUCGUUUUGCCUUUUAAAUGUCAAAGAAACCUCGGCGAAAUUGGAACGCCUUGCCGCGGGAUCUGUCUGGCCAGCGUUCGUUGGCGGGUCGCGUCGCCUCUUUUGAGUUCCAAAGCUCGACAGGGACAAUCAAACUUGGCGCGCUUGGCUGAGGGGUACCCCAGCGGCGGCGCCAGGGUUGACAUGGGUGCCCCCCGUGCACCGCUGGGCAUCGCUUUAAAAGUCUCCACUGGUGUCGCGGUUCAUGUGCAGACCCGUCGCGGGGUGGGUUUUUUGGGACUCGGGGACGCGGCGCCUGAGAGACAGACCUGGACACCCCCCCGCGGCGGGGACAGGGUUGACGCUGGUGCCCCCGUCUACCGCGGGGCAUCGCUUUGCGCGUGUCUUUCUGCGUGCGUUGUGAUUCUUUCUUGCGCUUGCGGAACACGUCUGCCUGGGCACCCUAGCGGCGAGGCCAGGCCCGACAAUGGUGCCCCCGUCCACCGCUGGGCAUUGCUUUGAAAGUUGAUCACUUCCCGCCCCUUUAUCGCGCGCCUCCUUUUUUUCACUGCCUUGCCCCACGUCUUUUGUCGAGUUCUACCGGCCACCUCCGCUAUGUCUGAGUCGAGUAGUCUGCCUUUGUCUCGUCUUAUCGGUUCGGCGCUCGUAUCCUUGAGGAGGCAAACCCUGAGCCGCGAGAGAAAGCGACAAAAGCGCAACCAAGGCCCUGAGUUUGUGAAUUUUGAGGCAAAAAGUGCCCGGGCCUACUCUGAGGCCAAAAUAAACGUUGAGAAAUUUGCGCCGCUUCGUCAACUCUGACACCCAAAACUCUGACCACUGUCAAAGCCUUGCGACUUUUUACACCUUGCGAAAGAUGAGGUGACUGACGGUUUCCUUAAAACCGUGCAGACAACUGACAGGGACACUCGUUUUCUUCCCUCUUGAGAUUCUCCUUGGUGCAUGCAAGUUGAAACUUUGACGCGGGUUAUUGGAGUUUGCCGCUUGUUAUUAAAGAGGGAAUUGGAGGAUCACAGCUUUACAUCAUGAUAGAAGAGUGAACAGCAGUUCGUUAUCAUCACACGGCUUACAAGAUUCAUUGCUGGAACUUUACUUACUUAACUUAUCUCGCAUAUUAUAAUUAGUUGACGCUCUAAGUAGUCAAGAGGCGACUAGCAUGCGCGUCCCACCGCAGGGGCCAUUGGAGCGAGAAGACACAAACCAAGAGUACUCGCUCGAUCAGGAUGGAGGCAUCGCUGAAGAGUUCUACGACGACUACUACGCAGAUAUGCUGCCUGACGAAUACGGGGAGCCAUAUACGGGACCGGAUAUUUCUUGAAGAUUGCCGUUCGUUGCUGUUUUUCGCCACUUGCUUCUGUAGAUACGUUCUGAUAUUUCAUCUGAGUAGGAUAAGCUGACUGUUAUUCUGAUUGCAAAUUUUGUGAAAAAUGAUGUUGUGACGAAAAUAAAAUAGAGGAUGUUGAAGGGUUAUUUGUUUUGUGAUUGUUUAGGGCGACCGUGAGAGAUCAUUGAAGCAGUCGAGCCGUGUACAGAGCACAGUUUUUUGUGCUACCCCAGAAAUUUCUCCAAUGUAUUGUGGGACGGUCCUCUGACCAUCGAUUAAACCAGCGCGGUUUCGAAUUGCAAACUUUAUACAAGUAGCUACACGGAUAAAACCUACAAGGCACACUUUUGUUUCGUACUUCUAUCUAGCGACAAAAAACUAAGAAGAAUACAGAUGAGGCAGAUAUGUAGUUAGCAUGCAUUAAAUCCACUUGUGGAGCAUCCGCAUCUUCCGUGUAUCUUCGAUUUAAUGUUCUUGUUCGUCCUCGCGUGACUGCUCAGGAGAUCGUGCGUUCAGGGGUGCUUGUCAUUGCCAAAGC